UCUGCAGUUCCUUUAAUUUCGUCCGACACAACUUUUGUACAAAUUAAUUCACAUGUAGAGUCCUAUUUUUUCUUCGUUGUCUACUAUAUAUAUAGGUUGUUUGUAAAUUAACAAACAAUACGCAUAUAUACAUGAUCACAUACACACAACUGAGAAAUGGCAAACACUGCUUCGACAAUUUGGCCUAACGAACAACAACCAAUGCAACAACAAUCAUCAGUGCCGUACCCUGAAGCAGUGCCAAGCAGCGCUUGGCAUUCUUCAGGGUCCAUAGGGCCAUUUUUCGCUGUCAUCUCCCUGUUAACUGUUCUUGCAAUUCUUUCGUGCGUUGUUGGAAGUUAUUGUAGGAAUCGGAAGCCUGCAACACCGUUGGAUAGAAUUAAACAGAGAGAUUGUGGGAUUGGGUGGCUGAAGGGAAAAUUAUGCUGGCGGUGUACGAAUUGUGGUGAUAGUGGCAAUGAGGGUAAGGGGCAAGAUGUUGUUUGAUGAAUUGAUAGGUGCUUUUGAGGAUGGCAUUGCUUUAUAUUUGGGGUAAAAUGUGCCACUGUUAUAAUAUGUCUUUUUGUGUAAAGCUCGAUGGUUGCUACAUACAUGUGCUAGUUUAGAAGAGUGUCAUUUGUAAGUUGUUGUUCUGUUUGAAGCUAUUGAUAAAUACAUGAGCAAUUGCAAGUUUCUA